AUGCCGGCUAACAACGACGGUUGGCCGGAGGAGUUUGGCUUCAGGAUCAGCGGGAAUGGCCCUUGCUACAUCUUGGCGGUGGAAGAGGGCAGCAGCGCCCAGGUGGCCGGCCUCCAGCCGGGGGACCAGAUCCUGGAGAUCGAGGGCCAGCACGUGUCCGCCAUGAACUGCGAGGCCCUCGUCGCCUUGGCCAGGCAGUGCGACACCGUGCCCCCCAGCAUCGGGGUGGUCUCACGCAUCCAGCAGCUGGACCUCACCCCUGGGCCGGAGGGGCGUUUUGGCUUCACCUUGGCCAGCGUCCGGGAGUUCGUCCAGAGAGCAGACGCCAUCCACCAGGAGCGGAGGCAGAAGGCCCAGGAGUUCAGCAAGAAGGUGCAGGAGAUCCUCGGGGACCAGCCGGAAGUCAAAGAGAAGAUGUUCACCAUCCUCAAGCAGUAUGCCGCCGAGAGGAAGGUGGACUGCCUGGCUUACGCUCUGACCAUGGUGCUCACCAAGGAGUCCCAGCACCUCCUCCUGGACAAUAUCAGGAUCUUCAUCCCCCGGAAGCACCGGCAGCGCUUCGACGAGGUGGUGUCCCAGAGCCUGAUCAGCAAGCUGUGCCGUUCCAAGAGUGAGCAGCACGUGAACCGGCUGAGGCGCAGCCGCAGCGAGGACCACCACGAACGCCUGCUGGUCUCCACCAGGGCCAGCUCGGUGCCACGGUGCCAAGAGGAGAACUGCAAGGGCUUGAGGAAGACCACUUCCUUGAUCGCCAGCAAUGUGGGGACAGGAGCAGCCCGCAGAACUGUUCGUGUCUACAAAGGCAGCCGGAGCUUUGGAUUUACGUUACGUGGACAUGCCCCUGUGUGGAUCGAGUCCGUCUUGCCUGGGAGUCCCGCGGACAAGGCAUUGCUGAAAGCUGGAGACAGAAUCCUGUUCCUCAAUGGCCUGGACAUGAGGAACUGCUCCCAUGAGAAGGUGGUGUCAAUGCUCCAGGGCAGCGGGGCGAUGCCCACCCUUGUGGUCGAAGAAGGCAUUGUCAGCUUUUCAGACUGUGAGUCGUCCGAGACCCUCAGCUCCUCCUCGGCCCUCACAUCUCUGCAGUGGGUCGCGGAGAUCCUGCCAUCCAGCAUCAAGAUCCAGGGCAGGACCUUCCACCAGCAGCUGGAGCAUCUGCUCACGCCGCCCGAGCGCUACACGGUCUGCAAAGCCCUGGAGAGCUUCUUCCAGCACAGGAACAUCGACACUCUGAUCGUGGAUGUCUACCCUGUCCUGGACACCCCCUCCAAGCAGGUCAUCUGGCAGUUCAUCUACCAGCUGCUGACCUAUGAGGAGCAGGAGCAUUGCCAGCAGAAGAUCGCCAGGUUCCUUGGCUACAAGUCCGUGGCAGGUGAGCUGCCGGCAUCCGCAGAAAAGGAAGUCAAGCCUGAGCCAGAGGCCGAGGAACGGCACCGCAGCUCAGUUCGGCCAGCCCCCGUGUGCCGGACGAGCAUUCGCACCCACAGCUCCGAGGACGGCGGAACUGGAGCAGGUCCUUGUGAAGCCGGUGAGGUGCCGGUCCGUCUAGUCUCUGGGGAGAGGCAAGCAGGAGACGGGACCUCCCUUCCAGAGACACCCAACCCCAAAAUGAUGUCAGCCGUCUAUGCAGAACUGGAAACCCGGCUGACUACGGGCUUCGGAGGGAAGCUGGGGAACUUGACUUCGCACAGGGCGUCACCUCCGGUCUCAGAACAGGCAAACUCAGCAGGUGCGCGGAAGACCGGCAUGGCCAUCUCCUGGCAGAACGCUGCCCCAUCCGCCCAGUCUUGCUACUACCACUCGCUCGGCGGCCUGCCCUCGCCCAGCAGCACGGAAUCCAACCCCUACGUCAGCCUGGACAGCAGCCCGGCCCCCUCCCCCAAGCACGGUGACUACCCCCUCAGCCCCCUCUCCCGGCGGAAGAAGCUCUUCACCUUCUCCCGCCCGCCGCGCAGCAGGGACACGGACCGCUUCCUGGACGCCCUGAGCGAGCAGCUGGGACACCGGAUCACCAUCGUGGACGACUUCCUCACGCCGGAGAACGAUUACGAAGAGAUGAGCUUUCACGAUGAGCAGGGCAGCUACGUCGCCAACGACCUGAGCAGCGCCAGCGAGUACCAGAGCAGCAGCGACGGCAGCUCCCUGACCUACUCCAGCUUGUCCGACCAGAUCCCGCUGCCGGUCCCCUGCAUGCCUCCCCCGGUGCCACGGGGCAUCGUCCACCGCAGGAGCGAGUCCCACCACAUGAGCGUCAAGCGGCUGCGCUGGGAGCAGGUGGAGAACUCCGAAGGCACCAUCUGGGGACAGCUUGGGGAGGACUCAGACUACGACAAGCUGAGCGACAUGGUCAAAUACCUUGACCUGGAGCUGCAUUUCGGAACCCAGAAGCCUGCAAAGCCGAGCCCCUUGCCAGAGUCCUUUAAAAAGAAAGACGUGGUAGAGAUCCUCUCGCACAAAAAAGCCUACAACAUGUCCAUCCUGAUCGCCCACCUCAAGCUUUCGCACAUCGAGCUGCGCCAGAUCCUCCUGACCAUGGAGAGUGACCGCUUGGAGGCCACCCACAUCAAGCAGCUGCUACUCUACGCGCCCGACAGUGAGGAGGUGCAGCAGUACCACGGCUACCAAGGGGACCCCGGCAAGCUGAGCGAGCCGGACCAGUUUGUCCUGCAGUUCGUGUUGGCGAUGGGCAACUACCUGAACCACGGGCAGCCGAGGACCAACAAAACGACGGGCUUUAAAAUCAACUUCCUGACGGAGCUGAACACGACCAAGACUGUCGACGGGAAAUCCACCUUCCUACACAUCCUUGCCAAAUCGCUUAGCCAACAUUUCCCAGAACUCCUGGGCUUUGCCAAGGAUCUGCCCACAGUGCCACACGCCGCCAAAGUGAAUCAAAGAACGUUAACAGCCGACCUCGACGACCUUCACACCACCAUCGAGGAGAUCGAGAUCGCCUGCCAGAAUAUGCCGGCUUGCUCAGAGGACAGAUUUGGGGACGUGAUGGUCGCCUUCCUGGAAAGCGCCCAUCCCAUCAUCCAGUCCUUGGCUGAUCUUCAGCAGAGAGCUAUGGAAGAGUUUGGCAAAGUCCUGUCCUUCUUUGGGGAGGACUCCAAAGUCACAACCUCAGAGGCUUUCUUUGGCAUUUUUGCGGAGUUCAUGAGCAAGUUUGAGCGAGCCUUCAGCGACGUGCAGGCUGGCGAGACCCAGCGUAGCCCCAGGAUGACCCCACCCCUCGCCUGGCGCAAACUCGAGCAGGCACUUCAGACAAGCGACUUCCCGACUUCAGACCUGAAGUGGAGGAGUCUGAUGAACGAAUAG